ACCACGCUGACUGACUCAAUUAGUCAACUUUAUCUCCUUCGUUCUCCACACAUAUCUGAUAUUUUUCUGUCUCUGCCUGUCGCUCAAUCUUAAGCCGCAACUGGAUGAUGAGCUCUGGAAUGACGACAACAUCGUCAACUUCAUCUUCAUCUUCUUCACUAUGCUCUCUUCAUCCAUUUACUUGCAGAGAUGUUAAUAAUUCAAUUAUUAAUAAUAACAGUAGAUUGGAGUUUCCUCACAGCUAUGGUUUCAAUGGAGGAAAAAUAGUUGAGCAAAGAGGAAAGAAACUUAAAGGUUUUGUUCCAUUGAAGGCUGGUUUUUGGGAGAAUAUCAGAUCAGGUUUCUCAAAGAACAAUACGACACAAGUUGUGGAACCACCACCCUCCGACACCGAACUGGAUGAAGAAGAACCAUUUGAGCAGGAGGUUUUUCUUGUGGACAAGAUUCAACCUGAUGGUACAAUCGAACAAAUUAUGUUCUCUUCGGGUGGUAGUGUCGGUGUCUAUGAACUCCAGGCAUUGUGUGAUAAGGUAGGUUGGCCUAAGAGACCACCAUCCAAAGUAGCUGCAGCUUUGAAAAAUAGUUACAUGGUUGCCACUUUGCAUUCAAUAAAGAAAUUUCCAGAUGCAGAGGGGGAUGAUAAAGUGGAGCUUAUUGGCGUUGGUCGUGCUACAUCAGAUCAUGCCUUCAACGCCACAAUUUGGGAUGUCCUCGUCGAUCCUCAAUACCAGGGCCAGGGACUUGGGAAGGCUCUUGUGGAACAGAUGAUAAGAGCUUUGCUGCGGAGGGAUAUUGGAAACAUAACAUUGUUUGCAGAUGGUCAAGUUGUGGAUUUCUACAGAAAUCUAGGAUUUGAAGCUGAUCCAGAUGGCAUUAAAGGCAUGUUCUGGUACCCAAGAUAGCUACUACCCGUCAUUGUGCGCAGUUAGGAAUGCUGCUUGGAUUAGCUUUCACAUACCAUGGAAUGCUUAAGAAGGUAACUUAGAGUGACUUGCUUUCCUUUCUUGUGCAAAGGAGCUCGACUUGUCGAUCUUGCAGCCACUGUAUUAAACCAUACUAGGCUUGCAUUAUCUUGCGGCCAUUGUAUUUAACGCGUUCUUUUUGGUUGUUUAGCCAAGUAAAUUAGUCCAAGAAAAUAUGUAUAAAAUUGCAAAAAACUGACUCUAACAAAAAUAAGAGAUAUAGAACAAGAGAGUAACCAUAGUAAAUUAGUUCAAGACCAUUUGUUA